AUGCAGUCGGAAUUGAAUGUUUCAAACAUAACUAACUUAACUAUUGUGACAAAGAUAUGGGAAUCAAUGGUCCCUCCAGCUUUUCAGUUUGUAUUAGGGGUAGCAGGGAACGCUAUAGCAGUGGUUUCUCUAGUGUUAUCCAGGAAGAGGCAUAAAUGGAAACCAUUUUACAGACUUGUCGGGGGUUUGGCUUUGACAGAUGGAGGGGGGAUUCUACUGAUUGGUGUACCGAUCAUGAUGAGAUAUUUCUCCAACUUUACGUACGAUUUUCCUCAACCUUUAUGUGACUACAGUGCGUUUAUCAUAUCAUUUAUGUUGACAUCUUCAGCUAUGAUUGUUUGUGCAAUGUCUUUGGAUCGUUUCAUGGCUAUUUCGUAUCCAUUCAAAUAUAACGUCAUUGAGAGGGAGCGUCGUGCAAACAUCAUAUUAAUUUUUGUGUGGGUUCUUGGCACGGUAAUUUCUAGUCUAGCUCUGAUAGGAAUCGGUUCCAAUGUUAUUUACUAUCCAGGUUCCUGGUGCUUCAUGAAUUUUGUGGGAACCUCUACUUUAGACAGAGUUAAUUCAUACAUAUAUUCAAUAUUUGGACUCUUUGUUUUGUCUACGACUAUUUCCCUCAAUUGUUUUGUAAUGGUAAAACUUUGCAAAAAUGUCAACGAAAAGAGAAACGAUCAAAGAAAAAGACAAAGCACCAUAUAUAACAUGAUUUUACUGCUAGUGUUUGUGAUUGUUUUCACCUUAUGUUGGAGUCCACAAAUUUUCUUGAUACUUGGGUAUGCUGCACUGUUGAAUAAAGAAAAUCCUUCAAGAGAUUUAUUAAUAGGCAGGAUUGCAAUGACAAACUCUGUGAUUGAUCCCUGGAUCUAUAUUCUACUUCGGAAGGAAAAUCUCCAAGCACUCCAGAGACGAUGUGGGAGAUUCUGCUGCAAAGUUUCCUCAACAGACAAUGACAGACAGAGUGAUGCUAAUUUCUAUUUAGAGCAGUCAGAGUCUAUAUGAAAUGCUUAAAAUAAUGCCAAUUCAGGCGAAUGUUGGAGUCCACAAAUUUUCUUAAUACUUGGAUAUGCUGCACUGUUGAAUAAAGAAAAUCCUUCAAGAGAUUUACUGUUGGCCAGGAUUGCAAUGGCAAACUCUAUGGUGGAUCUACUUCGGAAGGAAAAUUUCCAAGCACUCCAGAGACGAUG